AUGUCAAGCAGCCCACCCUCGUCCUCCUCUUCUCGGCCACCAUCGGCCACCGACAACCACAACAACCCCUUCUUUCGCCAUGGCGGCGGUCCCACGCUCGACGGCGUCGCAAACCUCAUCAAGCACCCAGCAACCCGCAAGGUCAUGGUCCUCGCCGGCGCAGGCAUCUCGACCUCGGCCACGCCCCCCAUCCCCGACUUUCGCACGCCCGCAACUGGUCUCUACGACAACCUCGCAAAGUACAGUCUCCCCUACCCAGAGGCCAUCUUCGACAUCGAAUACUUUCAGCAAAAGCCCCAGCCCUUUUUCACCCUCGCAAAGGAGCUCUACCCGGGCAACUUCAAGCCCAGCCUGACCCACUACUUUUUCUCCCUGCUCCAUACGCAUGGAAAGCUCGGAACUGUCUUCACCCAGAAUGUCGACACCCUCGAGCGCAUCGCUGGGCUGCCCGCCGACCGCAUCGUCGAGGCGCAUGGCUCGUUUGCCUCGGCCGCCUGCAUCAAAUGCCGCACCCAGGUCGAGCCCGAUUGGAUGAGGGCCAAGGUCAUGGCCGGACAGAUCGCCCGGUGCGAGGCAAAAGCCUGUCGCAAGCGGGGCAGUCCCGGGCUCGUCAAGCCCGACAUUGUCUUCUUUGGCGAGGGGCUGCCUGACCGAUUCUUUAAGCGGAUACGCGACCUCCGCUCGGCCGACCUGCUCAUUGUCGUGGGCACGUCGUUGCAGGUCCAACCGUUCGCCUCGCUCAUCGACGCCGUCCCCUCGCACUGCCCGCGCGUCCUGAUCAACCUGGAACGGGUCGGAGAGCUGGCCGGCUACGACACCCACGGCGGCGGCAUGGGCGGGCGGAUGAACGAGAGCGGGUUUGAUUUCGAUGGACUCACGGUGGGCGGGCGGCACCGGACGCGCGACGUCUUCUGGGGCGGCAAGGCCGACGAGGGGGUGCUGCUGCUCGCCAGGGCUCUCGGUUGGGAGGACGAGCUGCUGAAGUUGAAGAAGACGAGUUUUGCCAAGCUAGACGAAGAAUCGGGCGUGACUUCGAUCGCAGAUACGCGACAGCCUCCGGGGGACAAGGCCGAGGAGGUAUCGAGCAAAGUAGCCAGCUGCGCCACGGACGGCGCCGAAGCAGAAGCUGCAACACCAGCCAUGCCACGCCCCAACGAGGAUGAGGCCACCCGAGUGGACGACGAGGUAAAGCCGGACGAGACUGAUCAGCUCUCUUCUGCGCUUUCCAAAACCACCCUCGGCGAUGGUGGAAGCACCGCAAGUGAGGAUAAAGACCGUGCCGGCGCGGGUGGUGGUGGUGGCGAAGGCGUUGGCACAAGUACCAGCGAGACGGGCGAGGAUGCCAGCUCGACAGGGACGUGCAAACCCUCCUCGUCGCUGCUCUGA